CGCGUCGGCGGCCGCGGAGCAGCGCGGGGAGCCUUAGAUGGGGUGUGAAGAAAAACAAUGACACUCCAAUGGGUGGCAGUUGCAACCUUUCUUUAUGCUGAAAUAGGACUCAUUAUAAUCUUCUGUCUACCUUUUAUUCCUCCUCAGAGAUGGCAGAGGAUUUUUUCAUUUACUGUCUGGGGCAAAAUUGCAACUUUUUGGAACAAGGCUUUUCUUACCAUUAUAAUCCUAUUGAUUGUUCUAUUUCUAGAUGCUGUGAGAGAAGUAAGGAAGUAUUCCGCUACCCAUGCCCUUGAGAAGAGCUCAACCAGCAGACCUGGCGCCUAUGAACAUACACAGAUGAAACUUUUUAGGUCUCAAAGAAAUCUUUACAUUUCCGGAUUUUCAUUAUUUUUUUGGCUAGUGUUGAGACGUCUGGUUAUACUUAUUACUCAGCUGGCAAAAGAACUGUCAAACAAAGGAGUACUUAAAGUUCAAGCAGACAAUACUAACAAGGCUGCCAAAAAAUUUAUGGAAGAGAAUGAAAAACUAAAAUGGAUCUUGAAAAGCUAUGGCAAGGAUGAGGACCGCAUUUUGGAAGCAGAAAACAAAAAACUAGUAGAAGAGCAGGAAAAACUGAAAACUGAACUAAGGAAGACUUCAGAUGCCCUUUCUAAGGCACAAAAUGAUGUGAUGACAAUGAAGAUGCAAUCAGAGAGACUUUCUAAAGAAUAUGAUCGACUCCUGAGAGAACAUUCUGAGCUGCAGGAUCGUUUAGAAAAAGGCAAUAAGAAAGGCCUGUGAACAUUAUAAAAGAAGAUUGUGAUACAUCAUGUCAAGACGAUAAAUUUGUUAUCAUGUUAGUCUCUAGAAAAUUUAAAAUUCAGUUCAGAACAAUGCAUUAUGACUGGUCAGUAAUUUUUUUAAUGCCGCGCAUAGGUUAUAUUGUAAUGGCAUUAUCAAAAUGUUUGAUGAUGUUUCAGAUAUAUUGCAAAGUCUGUAUUCCAGCUCUUAAGAAAAACAUAAGCAUGUUAAAUACCAUAUUUACAUAUUGAUAAUAACAUUGGUGUAUGGUGGCUAUUUACCAAUAAAAGGAAAAAUUCAUUA